UAGUGGAGUUCCGUGAAGCGGCGGAGGUCACUGAGGCGCCAUGAGACCCCUUCCGCGGCUGCUCCUGCUCGUGCUGCUGGCCGUCCCCGCCACCGUGCUUCUCGGGGGCGGCGCCGGAGGGACACUGGUAUUGGCCCAAGAUUCUACAGAAGAUGAAGAAGCAGUAGAAGGUACAGUGGUUGAAGAUGAGGAUGAUGAAGCAGAGAUUGAAGAAGAUGAACCUACAGAUUUGGCAGAAGAUAAAGAGGAAGAAGAUCUGUUUGGUGAGCCUAAAGCCUCAUCUAAUGCUGAUACAACUAUCUUGUUUGUAAAAGGAGAAGAUUUUCCUGCAAACAGCAUUGUGAAGUUCCUAGUGGGUUUCACAAAUAAGGGUUCUGAAGAUUUUGUGGUUGAAUCCCUGGAUGCCUCCUUUCGUUAUCCUCAGGAUUACCAAUUUUUUAUCCAGAAUUUUACAGCCCUUCUUCUCAACACUGUGGUGCCGUCCCAGAAGCAGGCUACAUUUGAGUACUCUUUCAUCCCUGCAGAACCAAUGGGUGGGCGCCCAUUUGGUUUAGUUAUCAAUCUGAUCUACAAGGAUAUAAAUGGAAAUGUUUUCCAAGAUGCUGUUUUCAAUCAAACUGUCACAAUUGUUGAAAAGGAGGAUGGCCUGGAUGGAGAAACGAUCUUCAUGUACAUCUUCCUUGCUGGACUUGGGUUACUUAUCAUUGUUGGUCUGCAUCAACUUCUAGAAUCCAGAAAGAGGAAGAGACCAGUACAGCAAGUCGAAAUGGGUUCCUCAAACCAGAAUGAUGUUGACAUGAGCUGGAUUCCUCAAGAAACUUUAAAUCAAAUCAUGCACAGUAGAAGAGAUAAAGCUUCACCUAGACGCUUACCCCGGAAAAGGGUACAGAAAAGAGCAGUGGGUUCAGAUGAAUAAAUUGAAAUAUGUGCAGCAAUUUAAUUUUUACUAAACUGUCCUCACUUUUUGGGGCCUGGUGGGAAUUAGGUGCAGAGAAGCCAUAUCCACAUAUGAAGAAAUUACAUCUUAAACUUUUGGACUGAGUAAUCAGAAUCUGGUGGUGAUAAUAUUGCUGUAAAUGCACUUCAUUUCUUUUUCUUAAAAAAGCCCUACAAAUCUUGUUUUUUUAAGCCUUGAGAUCUGUGUGUGGGUGUUUAAGCAGUUGGUUUUAAUAGAAUCACUGGUAUGCCUCAUGGUAUAUGCCUUUAGAGUACUAAAGUUUCUAAUUUUUUUUCCAGAAAACUUUGAGUUGUACAGCAGACUACCUGUCAGCUGUUCUGUUUGUCUAAACAGUUAUGAUUUAGCAAAAGUGGCACAAAUUACUUGGGUUUGUUUUUUAUAUUAUGUAGUUAGUAUUUUAAAGGCAUUAACAGGAAUCUACUUUUAGCAAUAUAAUGCUUUAUUUGGGAUUUUUGCUGUUCACUGUAAUAUGCACAGUAAGAAAACUACCUUGUAUUGAUCAAAUUUGUGUAAAUGUGGAAUUUCUUCAGCAGAAUAUUUAUGCUGAAAUUGGUAUAUGAAGAAUGAUUUUCUUAGAAAGGGAGAAAAUAGCACACUUGUAUGUGCUGAGCUGUUUGGUUUGGUUGUCUGUCAUAGUUAUGUUGCCUCUAGCUAGAGAAAUAGCUCUUGAAUAUGUUAGUCCACAAUGUUUAUAAAUUAACACAAAUGUGUCACAUUUAGAAAUUGCAUUAUGUUUAAUUGAGUACCUGAGAGAAUUUCCCAAGCUGUUUUCUGAACAGGGGCUCAAAAUUGCACUAUGAAGAAAAAAACUCUUCUAAAUUCUUCAGGACACUUUAAAAAUUUCUUCCAAACUUGAAUUCUUAAAUUGUGAAUGAGUCACUGUGAACUGUUUUUUGUUUGGUUGGUUGGUUGGUUUUUAAGAACAAGUUUUUUUCUCCUGUAUCUUUUGGGGUUUUUUUUAAGUGUACUUUAGGCUAACAUGAAAAAUAUUUUUAGUAAAAAAUAUUUACUGGAAAUUCAACUGAACCAUAAAGAAAGGUUGACCCUUAAUUUCUUUAAAACCUUAAUGGUUUGAACUUAACAGGCACAGGUACUCUACUCCAUGACAUAAUUUGAAGGUCAGCAGUUUUUUGUCAUUAAGGCUGUUGGGAUUGACUGAAUAAAGACUGAAGCUAAAGGAAGAAAAUGACUACGACUCUAUCAUGAAGCCAUUUUACCCAUUUAAAAGGAAUACCGACAUAGUGGCAUUAUUAUUCUUAGUUUAGCUUCCUAUCAUACUUUGUUUCCUAUUUCCCUUUCCCUCCUGUUCUCCUAUCCUUUUCUAAAAACUGUUAUGAAAGAACCAAACAUCUGAGUCAGUGACAGAUAAUAUUUUCAGAUUCAUUUCUACUCAGUGUAUUAAAACAGUCUAAGUUGGGCAGGAAA